GAUUGGUUUAUUGAUAAUGUGCUUAUUGGUCAUGGAGGUAGUUGCGGUUGAGGGGGAAAGUGAUUGAAGCUGGAAUUGAGGGCCUUUCUAUAGAAGAUUGAGGAUGAGAUGUUGGUGGAGGGAGAAUGUCAGGGUGAGGUCAUGGAGGCAGCAAAUGCGGUUAUGAAACUACGUGGCGAUGACAUCGCCGUUACGACGAUGGCUUCGCCACUCUCUGCAGUCUGGAGUAGUGUGUAUACUGUAUACUGUGUAUACUGUGUGUACUGUGUGUACUGUGUGUACUGUGUGUACUGUGUGUACUGUACUGUGUGUAUGGAGUGUUGAUGUCGCGUCAUCCUCAGGAGAGUUGCACAAUUCUUUGCAAUCUCGCC